CACAGGAGCUCUCCCUCUCACUCUCACAUAAAUGCGCUCCCACCACCGACCGUGGCAGAUAAUCACAGGCCACUGAGAGGAGGAGGACACACCUUCCGCUGAUUUUGUCCUAGUUUGCACGGGGAUGUGUUUUGACUCACAAAAAAGCCUCAAGAUUUUACUCGUGCUUUUUGUCUGGCAAUUUUGCAAUUCUUGCGCACGCCCAGGCUCCGAGGUUGCGGCGUUCCCAAUCCAGGAUGACGGGGGUUUUUGAGAACCUGAACACAGAUAUGCAUUCGAACCAGAUUACCUCAAACAAUUACCACAGCUUGCACAAAUCGCAGGAGUCCCCGACUCUGCCGGUCUCCACGGCGACGGACAGCAGCUUUUACAACAACCAGCAGCCAGGGCACUGCCCCGGGUCUCCUUUUGGCCAACUCGCCUCCUACCAGUACCACGGCAGCGCCACGGGCUCUGCUCCAUAUCCGAACGCCAAAUCAUACGACCUUGGCUUUAAUUCUUCGUAUGGUACAUACGGCUCUUACGGCUCCAACUCCUCUUCUACUCCAGUCGAGACAGAGAAAGAAGAAAGCGAGCCAGAAAUCCGGAUGGUUAAUGGAAAACCAAAGAAGGUCAGGAAACCUCGAACCAUUUAUUCCAGCUUCCAACUGGCUGCUCUACAGCGGAGGUUUCAAAAGACCCAGUAUUUGGCUCUGCCGGAGCGGGCCGAGCUGGCAGCUUCGCUGGGCCUUACGCAAACACAGGUCAAAAUCUGGUUCCAGAACCGCCGCUCCAAGUUCAAGAAGCUGUGGAAAAGCGGAGAGAUUCCCCCAGAGCAACACGUUGCGUCCAGCGAAUCUCCUCCGUGCACGUCUCCUUCGACUACUGCCUGGGACUUUCCUCAGACUCAAAGAAUGAGCAGCGUCAGCUCUGGUUUACCCCAGAGCAGCGGCAGCCCUCCCAACACCAAUGCGCCUUCCUCGUUUUUGGCGAACUACUCCUGGUAUUCAACUACGAACUCUACAACGCAUCUGCAGCCUCCUCUCCUCCAGCAUCACCACAACUCGGCCAUAAGCGCUGGGACGAUAUUCUGAAAUAAAAACAACAACAAAAACUUGGUUUUCAAAACGGGCAAUAAACAAAUGCCAGUCCCUUGAUUUCCCAGACCUCGUGUGCGUCCUUGCGCGCAGAAACUAGCAGAAACUUAACGGAGCAAGACAGGUUCAUGGACUAGACACAGAUUUCUACACUUAUUUUUGUAUUUAUUUAUUUUCUUUGUGUGAGGGAUUGAAUGAACCACUAUUACCCAAAGCAUUUCACAGCCUGGCAACGAGCCUACUUUUACACGGACGUCACUGUUUUUUUUUUUUUUUUUUUUUUUUUUUUUUUUUUUUUUACA